UUGGGCGGAGCAUUUAAUCAGUGAGCCACCUCGUUUACAUCGACUACUUCUCCCCUUAAUUCUCAACUUCUCCACCCACUUCUUCACCACAUUUCUCUCUUUUUCACUUCCAAACUUCUCUCUCUUUCUCUCUCCAUUGCAUUUCAAUUUCUCUCGUUUCAUUUCCACUAAAAAAUGGAUGCCUCCAUGACCAUGUCCAACUCCCUCUCAACCCGUCCUGGAUUAUUCUUCGGGAGGCGUAGUGAAACAAGGAGUUCUCAAUGUAGCUUUAUGGUGGGAAGUAGUAGGAUUAAUUUUCCUAGGCAAAGAGCUCAGGCAGGUAAAGUUAAAGUUAAAGUUAGCAGGAAUUCAAAAAGGAGUGGUGGAGCGUUUAAUGUUGAAUGUCAUGGUGGUGAGAAAAUUCUUAUAGCAAAUAGAGGAGAAAUUGCUGUUCGAGUUAUUCGGACUGCUCAUGAAAUGGGAAUACCUUGUGUUGCUGUUUACUCUACCAUUGACAAGGAUGCACUACAUGUCAAGUUGGCUGAUGAAUCAGUUUGUAUUGGUGAAGCACCAAGUAGUCAAUCGUAUUUGUUGAUUCCAAAUGUUUUAUCUGCUGCAAUCAGUCGAGGCUGCACAAUGCUUCAUCCUGGAUAUGGAUUUCUUGCUGAGAAUGCAGUAUUUGUUGAAAUGUGCAGAGAACAUGGAAUUAACUUUAUAGGGCCAAAUCCCGACAGUAUCCGCAUUAUGGGUGACAAAUCAACUGCCAGGCAGACAAUGAAGAAUGCAGGUGUUCCAACUGUCCCAGGGAGUGAUGGAUUGUUACAGAGCACUGAGGAAGCAAUCAAACUUGCUGGUGAGAUUGGAUUCCCUGUGAUGAUCAAGGCAACAGCAGGUGGUGGAGGACGUGGAAUGCGUCUUGCUAAAGAACCAGAGGAAUUUGUUAAGUUGCUUCAGCAAGCUAAGAGUGAGGCUGCUGCUGCAUUUGGAAAUGAUGGAGUUUAUUUGGAAAAGUACAUCCAGAAUCCAAGGCAUAUUGAAUUCCAGGUUCUUGCUGAUAAACAUGGUAAUGUUGUCCACUUUGGUGAACGUGACUGCAGCAUACAGAGACGUAAUCAAAAGCUGCUUGAGGAAGCACCCUCUUCUGCUUUGACCCCUGAGUUGCGGAAAGCCAUGGGUGAUGCAGCUGUUGCAGCAGCAGCAUCCAUAGGUUACAUUGGUGUUGGAACGGUUGAGUUUCUUCUAGAUGAAAGAGGUUCCUUCUACUUCAUGGAAAUGAACACUCGUAUCCAGGUUGAGCAUCCUGUGACAGAAAUGAUAUCCUCUGUUGACUUGAUUGAGGAACAAAUUAAUGUAGCCCUGGGGGGAAAACUUCGUUACAAACAGGAAGAUAUUGUGCUUAGAGGCCAUUCAAUUGAGUGUCGUAUCAAUGCAGAAGAUCCUUUUAAAGGAUUCCGACCUGGACCAGGGAGAAUAACAGCAUACUUGCCAUCGGGUGGUCCAUUUGUCAGAAUGGAUAGCCAUGUUUAUCCUGAUUAUGUGGUUCCACCAAGUUAUGAUUCUUUACUCGGAAAGCUUAUUGUGUGGGCUCCAACUAGAGAAAAGGCAAUUGAGCGCAUGAAGAGGGCUCUUGAUGACACCAUCAUUACAGGUGUUCCUACAACAAUUGAAUACCACAAACUAAUCCUUGAUGUCGAGGACUUCAAAAAUGGCAAGGUUGACACUGCUUUCAUUCCAAAACAUGAAGACGAGUUACGAGCUCCCCAGGAAAUCGUUGCGGCAACACCCACUAAAGAAAUGGCUAAUGCAACUGCUUAGAUUAAUCUCCUGAAAUUCCAACCACAGAUAGCUCUCUGUGAAAGUAAGUUAUGGGUGACAUCCUUUGAAUAGGUAUAGUCUCGGUUGAAUUGUCUUUCUGUAAGAAAUUAUAAAAUUGAAUGUCGUAGUUCAGAAUACUGGAAACUACAUAUUUAUCUGUUGUGCUUCAGUUUUGGUAAUUUUAGAUAUGGAGGCAAGUGUGAAUUAGCUCACUACAAUGGCUGGUGAGUAAAUCACACCUGAUUGAAAUUUGAAAUUGCGAUUUUUGUAGUUGUAUUUUGUGAGAAAUUCUGAGGAAUUUUAUUGGCCAUCA